AUGUCUUCUCCAAAGGGUGAAAAAGUGAAUAAUGCUAAUAAUAAUGCUGUUAAAGAAGUGAAAAAGGAUAAGAAAGUAUCUAGUGUAAGUGAAGAUUUCAAUAUUGCAUUUGCCAACACUUGGAAAUCUUAUGUUAAGCAGUUAAAUGAGGAUAACAGAUUCAAGUUGAUUGAUAUUUUCUGUUUAUUUUUAGUGAUUAUUGCAGCUGUACAAUGCACUUUUAUGAUCACUAUUUGGGAUAACUUCCCAUUCAAUGCAUUUUUAUCAGGUUUUAUUAUAUGUGUUGGUCAAUUUGUAUUGUUGAUUAGUUUGAGAUUACAAUUAGCUGAGUCAUUUGCAGGUAUCUCUAAAAAUAGAGCAUUUGGUGAAUUUAUCUUAGCAAGUCUUAUUUUACAUUUCAUCUGUUUACAUUUCAUAAACUGA